GGUUUCAAGCGUGUGGGUUGAGUGCAGGCUCCCUAGGGGGCGACAGAGGGAAGCCGCUGACAACCGUCCAGCCCCAUACCCUUGAUUGUGCGAGGCGAGCGGCGAGGCUGCUCCCCGGGAUCCCCACGUUCUGUUUACACUUGGCGUCUGCGAAGCCGCGGAGGGUCGGAGGGGACACCCUUCCCAGGCCGUGGCUGCCUGAGGGCGCGGCCACGCAGUCAUGCGUCUUCGCGCGGCGAGGGGUGGGGGCCUUGGGGGAGGUCUGUCUUGAGUGUGGGAGCCAUCGGCUCUCUGCUGUCGCUCUCGGCUCAGAGCAGAAAAGUUGAGCUCAAGGAAGGGCUGAGAUUUCCGGCAUCCGGAGCAGGGCGCGCGCGUGCCUGGGUUCCGUCCCUGAAGCAGAAGCUGUGCGUGUUUGGGUGGAGUCGGCCUGGCCGGGAAGGUUGAGGAUUCGUUUGUGCCGCCUUCCCCAUCCAGGGCACAGAAGUUGCGCUCUAGCUUGAGCGCGUGUCCCUUGGAGGGGGGCAGCGUCCAGGUCCAGGGCGCUGGCUUGGGAAUGAAUGGCCUUUGCCGAGCGGUUCCGAAACCUCUGUGCCCUUGGGGCUCCCUAAACGGAGGUGCGCAAACCCUCGGGGCCCAUCGGCUCCCUUUGCCUCCGCCAUAGAGGCCCCGGGGCUGCGAGGGAUUUCCGUCCCUCCGGGUGGCUUUGGCGAGCGCUGCUGAGGAAAGGAAGGGCAGCCAGGACCUGGGGCGGGGGGUUGGUGCCUUGUUGCCCAGCCCUGGACCCAACAUGCCCGGCGGUAAAGUUGCAGGCGUGGACGAGACAAGUUGUUCAAGCUGCAUCCCCGGCCGGGUCUUGGAGUCAAAGCCGGGGCUAGAAGGCCCAGUGUGGAGGAGAGCUCCUGCGUCACUGGUCUGGAUGUCUGGGGUGCCCAGAGGCUCCGCAGCCUCCCUCGAAAGUACCUGGGACCCCAAUCUUCCACUCCCAGGGCGCCAGCAUGCCUACCGCACCGGGUCCGAUACCUGCCCUGAGCAGGUGCCCCCUGCGCCCACUCCCGAGUACCAGGAGCGGUGCUUCUGCGGUCUUCUCUUUUACCCCCCGUCCCCCCCGCCACGGUGUCUUGAAAGCUAGGUGUCAGGGGUCGUGUGUGCACUGUCUUUGUACGUAUCCUAGUGCAGAGCCCGCAGACAAGCCCGAAAAGCCUCCAGUGGUUUCGUCUCCAGGUUUUGUUCUCACAACUGGUCGGAAUAUCACCUGGAAUCUGUCUACUCUCUGGGGCGAGGAAGAACCUUUCGCUUGGAAGACGCCUAUUUUUAUUUUGGUUAUUUUAUUUUAGGCCCAUCUCGGUUUAAAGAAAUGCUAAAGUUCAAACAAGCCCGGGCGGGAGUAGGGAAGCAGUGGGUGCAUUCAUUCUGUGAAUUGGGAGCAGCGUCCACUCCACAGGCCCGGGGCAGUAAACUGAUAGGUAUUGAUUAUUGCAAAAUCGGAUUCGUAAUCAAAUCGAAAGAUUCCUUCUCUGAUUCCCUGAGAAUGUUUAAAUUCAGCUCCCGAGAAUUAGCGACUUUCCCCUUGAAGCAAAAAAAAAAAAAAGGUCAAUUACAAUAAUCGGGCCAAUGAAUUUCGUUUCUUUAAAAUGUUUCAGCAUUGCGCUUUGCUUUCAAGGUUGGGGGGCAAAUGCAUAUUGGGGGGAGAGGCAACGUUUAUGUGGAAGGAAGUUUCGUUUUCUGCCUGUAUCUGCGGACCCCGGGUGCUCACCUCUCCAGCGGGGGUCCCUCCACGGCCCCUCCUCCUCCCCCCACCUCUUCCCUCGUCCCCGCCUGUGACGCUAGGGUUGCAUUCAGCCCCGCACCUCUUUUCAAGGUUGAGUUGAGGCUUCUUGAGUGCCUGGCCCGUCGGAGGAAGCUGCCGAGCCGGCGCCGGGCAGGGCAGGGCCGGGCGAGGGUAGGCGGGUGCCCCCCACCCGCCUCCCGGCCGCAGCCCAGCCUUGGAGAUGGAGCUUCGGGCGAUGGCGGCGAAACGCCGUUGUCCGACACUUCGGGGCCGGUGGAGCGGCCCGCCCGCUCGGUGGCGCUUGGGGCCGACUCCCCAGAAGGCCUUCCCACCCCCGCCCCCUCGGAGGACCCCGAGCGCACUGUGCCCACGCCGUGCGGGGGAGGGCGUCGUCCCUCGGAGGGACUGGGACUCCAGCUGCCUGAUUCCAGUUUAAACCUUAAAUCUCCUUGGAGCGGGUGUUUGGGACGUUUUAGGAGAUAGGGGGACCUCAGCUGUUGAGACGUCUUUUGGAGGGUGGGGGAAGGCGCUGUCGGUGAAAGAGGGGGGGCUCUUGGGUUCGGAUCCCGGUCCCCAGCUCUGCCGACCUCAGGUGUGUGCUUGGUGAGGGUGACUGAUGGAUGGCGUGAUGGGGGACGCUGGCCUCUUAGGUUUGCGGCUGUCUGCGAGGUGCGGCCCAUUCGACUCCUCUCCUAAGCCCCCCGAGGCGUGGGUCUCCGCGCGGCGCUGGGCCAGGAUGCGGGGCGGAGCUAGGCUGGGACUGGCUGGGGGCCGCCCCGCCCGGCGCCGGGGCCUUCGCGCCGGCCCCCGGGGAGGAGUUAUGAUAAUUUCUUCUCAUUAAGGCGCCCGGAUCCCCCGGCUAUCGCCUGGACACACACUGCGGGCGCGGCUUCCCCGGUCCCCGGCCGCGGCCUCUACACCCGCGGCGGCACCAUCUACAAUCGCGGAGCCGCCGAUGCGCGUCCAGUGACCGGGACGGCUAGGCCCGCGCGCGGCGGGGGCAGCGGCAGACGUCUGGCCACCGUGACCCCAAUUUUGGAUUUACCGCUCGGGGGGUGGGGGGAACCUGGAUUUAACUGGCGACUGUUUUGGGGGACGCCGGACGCCAUGUUGUGGAAAAUAACCGAUAAUGUCAAGUAUGAAGAGGACUGCGAGGAUCGCCACGACGCGAGCAGCAAUGGGAACCCGCGCCUGCCUCACCUCUCCUCCGCCGGGCAGCAUCUCUACAGCCCCGCGCCGCCCCUCUCCCAUGCUGGAGUCGCCGAAUACCAGCCACCACCCUACUUUCCGCCUCCCUACCAGCAGCUGGCUUACUCGCAGGCAGCCGACCCCUACUCGCAUCUGGGAGAAGCGUACGCCGCCGCCAUCAACCCCCUGCACCAGCCGGCGCCCACCGGCAGCCAGCAGCAGGCCUGGCCGGGCCGCCAGAGCCAGGAGGGGGCUGGGCUGCCCUCGCACCACGCGCGCCCGGCCGGCUUGUUGCCCCACCUCUCCGGGCUGGACGGCGGCGCCGUGAGUGCCCGCAGGGACAUCUACCGCCGCUCGGACCUGCUGCUGCCCCACUCGCACGCUCUGGACGCCGCGGGCCUGGCCGAGAACCUGGGGCUCCACGACAUGGCGCACCAGAUGGAGGAGGUGCAGAAUGUCGACGACCAGCACCUACUUCUGCAUGAUCAGACGGUUAUUCGCAAAGGUCCUAUUUCAAUGACGAAGAACCCCUUGAGUCUCCCUUGUCAGAAGGAGCUGGUGGAGGCUGUGAUGAAUCCCAGCGAGGUCUUCUGCUCGGUCCCUGGAAGAUUGUCCCUCCUCAGCUCUACAUCUAAAUACAAAGUGACAGUUGCCGAAGUCCAGAGGCGACUGUCCCCGCCUGAGUGCUUAAAUGCUUCAUUACUGGGAGGUGUCCUCAGAAGAGCCAAAUCUAAAAAUGGUGGCCGAUCCUUGCGGGAGAAGUUGGACAAGAUUGGGUUGAAUCUUCCAGCGGGGAGACGGAAAGCUGCCCACGUCACCCUCCUGACAUCUUUAGUAGAAGGUGAGGCUGUUCAUUUGGCUCGGGACUUUGCCUAUGUCUGUGAAGCAGAAUUUCCUAGUAAAUCCGUGGCCGAGUAUUUAACCAGACCUCAUCUCGGAGGACGCAAUGAGACGGCAACUAGGAAGAAUAUGCUGCUGGCGGCACAGCAAGUGUGUAAAGAAUUCACAGACCUUCUCAAUCAAGACCGAACUCCCAAUGGGAACAACCGGCCCACUCCGGUCCUGGAGACCAGCAUUCAGAACUGCUUGUCUCAUUUCAGCCUGAUUACCCACGGGUUUGGCAGCCAGGCCAUCUGUGCUGCUGUGUCUGCCAUGCAGAACUACAUAAAAGAAGCCCUGAUGGUCAUAGACAAAUCCUACAUGAACCCCGGAGACCAGAGUCCAGCCGAUUCUAGCAAAACCCUGGAAAAGAUGGAGAAGCACAGGAAGUAAAACAGCGGUGAACAAAGGGCCGAAGAGUCUGGAAGGAAAAGGACUCCAAAACCGGUCUCGACCAGGACAAACUGGGAACCCCGCUUGCCUGGGGGACAGAGUUUGUUAUCCACCUUCCCACGAAAAGGGCCUCCGUCGGAUUUCCAGAUCUUCACGUGCCCUCCUGGAUUCCUUAGUAUUUAAGGAGUGCUGAAGCGUCUCCUAAACUCUGGACGCGCUGUCGGGAGGUGACAAGUGCUGGUUCUUUACCCAUUAAGCUGAUACUUUAGUUUUUGGAACCCCAUUCUUCCUUUCUCUGAAAGUGGUGCUACAAGUUUUGGAACCUUUUAAAUAAAUUCCCUGGGCUCACAAAAACCCACACACACAUAGCUGUUGAGAUGUCAAAUUGAUGUGAUUCAGAUCCACUAUAACUUUCAGUGUUAAGGUAAAAGUAUUUAUAUAGCCUCUUCCGUCUCACCCUACAUACCGCGGGAAGCAAGGAUUCUAUCCGCUUAAGAACUGGUUAAUAGGUUGGUAUUUGACACACUUUAAAUCCCUUGUUCACAGGGACCCUUCGGGUUUUACGAAACUUGUAGAAGCAAAGCCUGCUGAUGAUUUUAUGUUUUUCUUUUUAAGAAAAAAACAAAACAAAACUUUGAAAGUUAACUCUUCAAAUAGGAGGAGACUCUUUGAAAAGACAUGUUCCUUUAAGGUACGGAAGCUUUAUUUUGCGUAUUUAUUUCACAUCUUGGUGUUUCGAGAAAACUUGAAAAGGGGUGGGCAUGAAGCAUUUUUUUUUGCUGUCUCUCAUCCCAAGUCCCAGAGGAGAAUUCUGUAUUUUGAGAAGCUGCGUUGAGUGUACAGAUUUUAUUUAUGCAUAAUUUAAUGGGGUCUGUAAAUACGGGUGCACUUCUUAUGACUUUUUGAGAAAUGGGAUUCAACUUUAAUAUUAGCUUUUAAAGGUGACGGGGUAAAUCUAAGACACAUCUUUAGGCUUUAUUCAUGUGUACACAGGGUAUUAAGAGUCAAGAGUAUCCUGAGUGCUGUUCUCGACUCUGGAAGACUCUAAUUUAAUUGAAGCUUUCUGUUCACAAAGCAAUAACUUUGUCUUAUUCCUGUUGGGCUGACCCCCAAGAUGAGUGUGAAGUACAGUGUGUGUGGGUGAAAACGGAGUUUUGGAAUUGAGCUCCUUGCCUGUCAAUGUUCCCUAAAUAAUUGUUAUGUAUAUGAAACCUGUAUAAUAAAAAGAAAGUAUUCUCAAUAGAAGCUGUGAAA